GUCCAGGCAGCCGACAUGUCCAUAUCGGAAAGGAAUACGCCCAGCCAUGGGGCACCCAGCAGCAUGGCAACGCCCUCGCAUCGCCAGCAUCAUCGGCCACCGGACGUUGAGGAGGCGCUCUCCUCAAUGCUCUGGACGCCCUAUGAGCGCACCACGCCCACGGCCAGCUCCUCGGAUGAGGACGAUGACGAUGAGCGGCUCAAUCGUAAGUUGCGCAAAUCGCAAAGCAACUACGAGACCAGCCGGAGCACUGCCCUAAGUCAGCUUUUGCCACCACUUCCAUUGGAAACACCGCCAGCAGCUGCGGCUGCAUCAGCAUCAGCAGUAGUAGCAGCAGCAGCAGCAUCAGCUCUUCCCGUGCCUUUUCCCAAUUUUAGUUUAAGCGGCGGAUGCGCCUUCGAGGCAGCCAAGACGAGUCGAGCUGGCGGCCAUCGGAAUCGCUACUCGUAUCCAUCCUACUACGGCAGUCCGGCGCACACACUCACCCAAUGGUGUUCCUCGGCGGCCACGGCCAUCAAGGAGCCGCCCUCGUAUGAAUCCCUCUACGAGGCCAGCGUCUCCAGUGUGGGCGCGGCCAGGGCGAGCUUGGCUCGCGUCCAGCCGAACAAUCUACAAUGUGAUAGAUCGCAACGAUCCCGAGCAGCAGCAGCAGCAACCACUACAACUGAAAAAGAUGAUGACGAUGAUGAUAAGGAUGACGAUAAUGAUGAUGUUGAUCAACUAACGGCAAAUGUUCCCGCUGAGCGUUUGGUGCGCUCCUUCACCGAUGACUACAUAUCGCAGAACUGCGCAUUAUACAAUCCAGCAAUAAACGACACACAAAAAGUAACGGCAACAACACAAAGACCAACAACGACGAAUGCAAGAUCACAACAAAGUGCAGAAAAUCAAAGCGACAGCCGAGCGAAUUGCAUUAUCAAUGAAAACAGCGACAACAAUGUUGACGAUGAACAAGAAAUUGCAACAACUACAACAACAACUGCAAACGAGGAAACAGGCGCUGCCUCGGUUGCCGUCUCUGCUGCUGCAGUUGCAGUGCAGGUCAAUCAACCUGUUUCCUGUGCUGCAGUCAAAGCAACAGCAGCGCUCAAUCGCACUCUCAGUCUCAGUCAAAGCCUCAGCCGCAGUCGCAGUCGCAGCCGCAGUCGCAGUCACUGUGUCAGCGACAAUGAGCAGGCAGGCAACACAACAACAGCUGCUGAGAGUGGAAACAUAACAGCGAAUGAGAGAGCAAGCACAACAGCAACUGAGAGAGCAAGCACAACAGCAGCUGAGAGAGUGACGCUGUUGGCCAGCGCUGGUGAGCGGUGCUCAACAGCGAUCAGUCUCUCGAGUUCGUUCGGCGCGUGCACAACAGAUGCGUACAACACCGGCAGCAACGGCGGUUAUUGCAAUUACAACAACACAUUAUCUUCGUGGUUGUCGCGGGGGCGCUACAACAACAGCAACAGCAAUACGUCGAGCAGUGUCAGCGCCAACGCCAGCGACAACGCUAGCAGCAGCGACGCGCUGCGGCCCAACAAAUGUUUGGCAGAACUCGAACGUUUGUAUGCCGAAUUUCGCGCGAGUGAAAGUCUCUUUGAGCAUCGCUUGAGUCAGUCGCAAAUUGAUAGCGAUAACGAUAACGAUAGCGAUAUCGAUAUCGAAACGACGAUGCGUUUGAAUGUGGCAGCUGAGUUGCCGCCUGCAGGAACAGGAACAGCGACUGCAACGGCAACGGCAACGGCAGCAACACAAACUGCAAAUGGCAACAGCAGCGUGUUUCUAAAAGCCAGCGACUGCAAUGACAGUGACAACAACAAUCAGGCCAAAAUAGCAGUUAGCAGCAUUGCAAUAACGCCCGCAGCAACAAAGUCCUGUCAAAGGCAGCCAAGUCUAACGAUACAAGUGAACAACGGCAGCAGCAACAACAACAACGGCAACAAUUGUGUCGCGUCGCCCACAAGCACAACAGUUGCAACAGCAACGCAAGAGCCAAGUAUUCUCAACAAUAACGGCGUUUGUGUUGUAAACUGUAAUUACAGCAACAACAACCACAACAACAACAACAACAGCAGCAUUGUUUCUAUUAAUAAUUGUGCGCCAGCGUCGAAAGUGUUUAGUGCAAGUGUCCAAAAUAAGCUCAAUAAUAAUGCCCAUGUGGAUGUGCAACAUGUUGCUGCCACCGACAGUGGCAGUGCCAACAGUGUCAGUGUCAGCGCCAGUGCAAAUUCGAAUUCGAAUGCGAGUAAUCUAAAUAAUAAUAAUAAUGGUAAUGCAAAUGCUAAUACCAAUGGCAAUGAUAAGAGCAAUGUGAAUGUGAAUGUGUCCAGUGCUAAUAACAGUGUCAAAGUAAUCAAUGUUAAUGCAACGCCUCCACGCACUUUCACCUCAACCGAAUGCCAAACCGAUGAUCUUACUAACAACAACAACAACAACGACGACGACAGCAGCAGCAUCAACAAUAACAACAACAGCAAUUCCCCCCAGCAACAGCAACAAUUGCAGCAGCAACAGCUGCGCACACGCGAGCAACGUCGUCGAGAGCGUCGCGAGCGGCGGCAGCAACAACAACAACAACAACAGCAACAAUUGGCACCGCAGCAUCCGCGACGAUUGCAUGUGGAGCGCCACUCGCCACCGUUGCAUCCACCACCUCCCCACUUGCAUCAUCCGCAUCCCCAUCCACAUCCACAUGCACAUCAGCAUCCCCAUCCCCUUCCCCAUCAGCAUCCGCAUCCCCAUCCGGCAGCAUUGGGAUUGGCGCGUGCUCUGUUGCCCGACAUCCUGCACAGCCAUUAUCCGCCGCCGUACAGCGCGUUGCCGGGUGGGGGGCCACCCCCGUUGCCACCCCCGCCGCAGGUGGCUGCCCCGCUGCCACCGCCGCCUCCGCCACAAGCGCCAGUGCCAAUGCUAACGCCAGUGAUAUCGACGGUUCCGCUCCCGGGCGCCGCUCCGCUGAUGAGUGAUGGACGCUUCACGUUGCCGCUGCCCAUCAUGCGCAGAUCCCCCUCGGAGCGUUCCGGAAAAGGCUGUUGUGGCCAAUGGUUUGCUGGACCGCCGCUGCGCGCCCUCAUUGCUGUUGUCGCUCUGGGGGGCGUGGCCUGUGCCCUCGGUGGCGCAGCGUUGGGCGCCACAGGCUUGGCUGGACCCCCAAAUUCGCAUCUGACGGCGGCCCUUUUGAUGAUUGGCGUUGGCGUUGUGCUGGUCACUGUGAGCGGUGCCGCUUGGCGGAUGACAGCACCCGGUGGCCAAAGCUGCCUCGGACUCGGCACCAGCGUCGAUUUGGCCCGCUGCGGACGUCGACCUUGCACCCGAGGCGGAGGUGCACCGCACGGCCUGCUCUAUCCGGAGUUCCAGCAUCGCCCACCGCCUCCCUCCUACCAGGCCAGCAUGCAGGAGUAUCGUCUGAGACUUUUGCUUUUGGACCGCGAUCGUCAGAAUGGAGUUGUGCGUGGCAACUCGCCACCGCCCACAUAUCGAUCUCAUGCCGGCAGCCUGCUGAGGGCACCGUUGACCACGUUGCGGUCCGGAAUUGGCAAUGGCGGUGGCACCAUCAGCAGCAGCAUGGGCGGCUCAGAGUACAGUCUGCCGCCUAGUUAUCGGUCUCGCAAUGCCACACCCGCCUCUCUCACGCUAAGCAGUGAACGGACCAUAGAGACGGCACCUUCGGGCCGACUGCUGGCCAACGAGGACUUGCCGGAGCCAUCCGCCGUGGCGGAGCAAUUGCCCGACUACAGUGCGCUGCAGUCGAAUACAUUGCUCACCUCGGCCAUUGUCGAAAUCGAGUCAAGGAAUCGCAGCCAAAGCCAGGAAAGCCAGCAGAGCCAGCAAAGCGCAGCCAAAAGUCCAACGACAACAACAACAACAACCACGACAAAGGCCAAAGACCUGGUGACUAUUGUGACGAUAUCGCAGGCCAACAGCGAAAAUGUGCAGUCAGGUGGAAGGACGCAGGCUCAAUUACCUGGGCAGGCCAGCAGUGCACUCGAUCAAAUCGAUAUAUUGGCCCAUUUGUAGCCCUGCUGUGUGCUUCGAGAAACCCGAAGCUGAAAUCAAGUGGAAAACAUGGCACACAAUGUGAAAAGUUUUCCAUUUUUCUUCUGCAUUUCGAAUAUCAUUUUUUUUUUUUUUUGAUUGUUUGUUUGUUACUCUUAAAAACACACUCGUUAACCCAAAGGUAUUUAUUUGUACGAUACGAAAAACUAAAAAAAACUCUGCUCCUAAUUGAACAUAUAUAUAGUAUAUAUACUUAACAAAAUAUAUCUAGAUAUAAAAUUCUGUAUCUAUUAAUAAGCGGCAUUUAGAUAGUAAGAUAUGUUUGUUGUACUUGAAUGUGUUGAAUUUAUUUUUGUAAGCAUAAGAAAUGCGCUACGUAUCUAUACUACGAACUAUCAUUAACAUACGAGUAUUAAAAUAUUCCAAAAACCAAAAAAAAAAGAAAAUGAAGAGAAGAGAAAAAGAAAAUGAUAAGACAGAAGGAAACGAAAAGAUGAAAACACAGAAAACCCCAGGAAUUCUGAUAUGUAAAUAACAAUUUCGAGUGCAUUUCUAAGCAUGCGUUAAGUGUAGUUUUUCCCCCAACUCCUCAAAACCCAAAACGAACCCAAAUCACGCAUAUAUAGUACGAACAUAUGGCUACUAUAUAUGUCUAGAUAUAAAGAAAACUCUGUGUAAAUUCGCAACGGAACGCUACGGUGACAAAUUUUGCGCGCAUUUUCGAAUAACGAAUCAAACGGAAACUGAAACUGAUUUCUGAAUGCGUUUCAAACAAAAUAAAUGAAUAGUUAAACAAAUGUAGAAAGAACAAAAUAAAAUAAUUUAAAAAACACAAAAAAAAAACAAAACAAAAACAAUACUUUUCCGGUUUCCGCUCUUGCGUCAAUUCCAUCGAAAUAUGCAAAGCCUUUUGGUUCGUUGAGCUACUUGAUUUUUGAAUUUCUGCAAUUCCAAGCUUUUGAUUUCCUAUACUUUAUUUUGUGCGCCAAUUGAUGCGAAAGUGGAAACCGGAAUGGUCUUGUUAUUAUUGAAACUAAUUACGAAUAAAUUGUAGCUGCUAGCGCAAUAUGAAAAUUGCGUGUGUUAUCAUUAUGAAAUACUGAUACAAAUACAGAUCGUGCAUAAGUACAAUACAGAAUUAAAAAAUAUAUAGAUAUAUACAUAAAUAUAUAUAGAAUUACUUAAACUAACUUAAAGUCCUCUGUGUAAUGUGCAAGGCUAAAUAAACUAAAAGCAAACAUCUGCAAAAAUGUAAUGUUGAAAAAUGCCACAAAAACCGCAAAUUGUUUUUUCUUUCCGCCUGCCAGCGUUCAACAGCAACGAAAGGGCGUAACCUCCUUUCACACCCACACCCAAACACGCACACUCACACUCUCACACACGCAUUCACAUAGUCGUAUAUCCUGCUUAAUCUAGCGUAAAUUUGUAUUGGCCGAAAGGCCUUGGCAGUUGGAGGCACAGUAAGUGGUCCAGCGAUUAACACCCCCGGCACCGCAAAAAUGUGGAGCGAACACAAAAAUUGACACCUUAUUCCAUUGGCCAGCAAAACUCGGAGGCAAAGUUGAUGGAGGAGCCCGAAUCCGAAUGUGGGGAAAAAUGGCAUGAAAAGUGCCUGCGUCGAACAGUUUGUAUAUCGUCAAACGAAAAAUGCCAAAUGAAAACAACAAAAAUUGGUUGAGCAUGAAAUUGCUGCUGGGCUGUCGAACUGCGGCGUUUGUAUUUGUAUGUGUGCGAUGUGUGUUUGGGUGUGUGUAUGUUGUGUGCCUUUAGUAGUAAAGCAAAAGCUGUUGCAUACUUUUCGGCUGUCAACGAAAUACGUGAGGGCAGCUAACCGGAAGCCUCAAACGAUUAUGACAUUAUGUUCCCCACAUCUAGUACACAAUGCCACAAGGACACUGGGGCACAAGAACUCUCGCAUUGUGUGAGUUAUUUGCAAAAGAAUAACAGCGUCAAAUAUAGAGGAACUUCGAGGGAAAGGAUUUGACGGCAUAAUAAAAGCAAACAGCUGUUAUGAAGGACCUCAAUUUUAAGUGGUUUAUUUAAUUAAAUGGAGAAACAUUGGCCAUUUGUUGUCAUUAUUUUCAGAGAUUGCUAUUAAAGAAAAUCACCCUCUCCAAUUAGAAAACACUCGAUUAAACGCGAAAAAGAUUUCGAAAUUUUAUUGAUCUGUUGAUUUGGAGCAAAUUACAAUCAAUUACAGAUGUCUCUCAAUAAGGUUUACAACAUAAAAUUUAAAGUAUAAUUUAAAUUUAAUUUGUAGCUUAAUAAAUUACGAUCGCAACGAAUUGAUAUUGAUUGAAUUUGACAAAUUAAUAAAGCAUUUUUUUCACAAUUUCUACUGCUGACAAUCCGAUUUCCUUAGAAAUGACUACGUUCCGAUUAGAUGCGGAUGCCGAUGCGAAUGCGGAUUCGAAUUCGAAUUUCGAACUCAGUUUCGAUUGAUGGUGUGCAAUUUAGGCGAUUUGAAAUCCUUUCGCGCGGUUUGUUAGUUGGUUUGUCAACAGCAUCGGCUUUUUUCUUUUCACAUCAACUAAAUAAC